AUGCCUGAAUGCUAGUUAAACUCCAAGGACUCAGGCACAGAUCUUAGGAAGUAAUGGCUUGGCUAUUUUUUGAUUGGAACUACUUUAGAUACGAAACACUGUCUGGUUAAAGAUAUCAAUACCAUAAACAAGUAAUUGAACACUUAUUUGGCUUAGAUUACAAACACUAUUAACAAAAGUGAGUUAGGAGUUGGCAAUGAUAUGAUUGGAGUUGCAAUUAAAGCCUGGACAGUACUUACCACUAUUAUAUAUCAGCAUUAUGAUUAAAAAGCGCAUGCAACCGCCCUUCAAGCUAUCAAGCAAAUAGUCUAAGUUCUCAUGAAGAAGAUUGAUAAAUCAGUCAAACUCAUAGCUGAUAAGUAGUUCAAGGUAGACUAAGAUGAUAUUAUUCAGGUUAGAAUGGCUAUCAAGUCAAUUCUUUCUUGUGUCUAGAUGUUUCCAUCUUCACUCAAGAAUAUAGUGUCAAGCAAGGGAAAUAAUGCUUAAAAGGAUCACAUUACUGUUCUCAUUGAAAACCUAGUCAAGCAAACCAUGCAAAAUGAUACUGUGAUAGCCGAUUACUGUCUGCAACUUCUGUGCCUCCUCUUCAAGUCUAAGGAAAAAUCUAAGCUGCAGUUUAGGGACUGGGUAUCCCGCAUUCUAUAGAAUUUAGUUAUUUAUGUGAACUCUCUUUAACCCAGAUAGUUUGAGGAUGUUCAAGGUGCAAACUAGGAGAUCAACAUGAAUAUUGCAUUCGAAUUCUUAUUUGAAAGAGAAGAUGCCAGCUAAAUUAACAAAUUAUCAGUUAAAGACCUCAAAGAUUAAAUCUCCAACAUUGGCAAGGUCUAAAUGAAGAUGCAGAUGCUAUUUAGAAUGCUUGAUUAUACGUUUUAAGUUUAAAGAAGAACUCAGUAAUAUAGCUCUGAAGGAGUAAAUUUUAUGCAAGUUGAAGUAAACAUCAAUGAAAUCAUACUCACUCUUGGUAAAAAUAUUUUUAUCCUCAAAUGUUUUAUAGAGAGCAUAAUGACCAGGUAAACUGGGCAAGUUAAGUCUUAAAAGCAGAAGUCUAAUCAAAUUUGUGGUCUUUAACAUCACUAAUUUGAUGAUAUAAUUGAAUAGACUAAGGUUUUAGGCUUGAAUUUCCUCAAAGUCUUAACGAAGUAGAUUGAUAUUGAAAGCUACUUAGAAGUACUAGACAUUCUGCAACACUUGCACAGCAUCUAUGGAGCAAAUCUAGCAUCAAUAAUUAAGGAAGUAGCUUUUGGAGAAAAUGAAAUGAAUUUGUCUGAUCUAAUUUGUGAUUUAUUCAUGCUAGUAAAAGCUAAUAAGUUUAUUAAACACGAUCACAUUUCAAAGAAGCUCUUCUCAUUGGGCGACUAUGAUUCUUACACUUUAUAGUAAUUCCUCCAGCAUUUCCUCAUAUUCCUAAUCAAUCUUACCUCUAAGUCAACUACAUUUGGACUUUUUAGUGACACUGACAGAGUAAAGCUAGAGUCUGUGUUGUUUACUAUACUUAGUUUCUCUUAAUUAAAGUACUUUAACAUGACGAAGGAAAUAAAGUUGAAGGUAUUAGAGCUUACUAAGAAUGUGAUUAUAUCAAGAUCAGUUAAGCUUCAAUAGAAUAACGACUUAUUAGGCUGCCUUAUAUCUUAUAGAAACAAUGCAAUGCAUUUCUAGGGAGAAGAUACUGAUAUUAUUGCUAAAAUUCACGAAGUAAUUAGUGUUAUUGAUCCUCUCAUCGCUCCAAGAAAGGAUAAAUAUACUCUCUAGACAAAUACUCAGUAGUAUUUUUAGAACGAGCACAAAAGUAUGUUUAUUGAGUACAAUAAGGAACUGUUAAGACAUUAUUUAUUACCAAACAAUGAAUCCCAAUAAGAUAUCUAGGCUCAGGAAAAUCUAAUUAUUUAAUAGUAGGUACCAUAGAUCUAAUAACAUAUGGUAACCAAGUAAAAUGCUAGCGAUCUCAAUUAGAAAUAAAAAAUAACCUAAGUAGAGGAAAAUAUUUAAAGUGAUGAUGAUGAAAUAGAUAAAAUUCCUGUAAAAAAAUAAUCUAUCAUUAAGUAAAGCAACAUCUAGUCAGAAGUUGCCUAAAAACAACAAGAAAAUCUUGCUUAUGGAAGUGAGAGUGAUGCUGAGCAAGAUAAUGAAUUAGGGUUAGAUUUACCUAUGAUAGUAGGAGAUGAAGAGGAUUCUGAUUAGUGA